UUAAUGUUCACUGUUUAAAGAUUGUUGUCUCCCUUCAAUGUGUUGUUUUUCGAGUUCCGACAGUUUAAUCAACAUCAACAGAUGUAACGGGUACCGUGGUCAGUUUCUAACUUGUGAAAUAUACGAAACAGUUUCGAUUUCCGUUUGAAGCCAUUUCAGUUUACCUAUGCUGCUAAUAACACUGUUAAACAAGCAUGGUCAUCACCCCUUCACCUUAUUUCCACAUACACACCUAGAAUCGUUUACUUUGCGGAAAGAAAUCAACCUUAGGUGCUUAAAACUAAACAAAAACAGAACUGAAACUGCUGCGAGAUAACAUCUCAUAACAUGUCAGAUGUAAGCAUCAUUUUACCUGUGCACAAUGCUUCUAAGUGGUUGGAUGAAUGUUUGAAGUCAAUAUCUGAUCAGACAUUUACAGGUUCUUUGGAAUUAUCAGCAUAUGAUGAUGCCAGUACAGAUGAUUCAUUUGACCUUUUAGAGGUUUGGAGAUCAAAAUUAAAAGAAAAAAAUAUCCAAGUUACUUUAAUGAAAAAUAAAUAUGGUUCGCCCAAGGGAGUUGGUUUUGCUCGAAACAGAGCUGUGGAAAAUAGUUGUGGCCAUUUCCUUUGCUUUUUGGAUGCUGAUGAUGUCAUGAGUGUAGAACGAGUACAAAUUCAAUACAAUGCUGCCUUCGAACAUCCAGAGUGUCUUAUUGGAAGCCGUUUCCACCGAGAACCAUCAGAUUCAAUGAAACGUUUUACAUUGUGGGCAAACACAUUAAAUGAGGAACAACUUCAAACCCAGAUUUUUACAUCCCAUGGUCCCACAAUUGCCAUGCCAACUUGGUUUUGCUCUCGAGAAUUAUUUGACAAAGUCGGUGGCUUCUCAGAAGAUGGUCAAGGAACACCUGAGGACCUGAUAUUUUUCUAUAAACAUCUGGACUUAAAAGGCAGUGUAAUAAGAGUAAAUAGUGAUUUACUAAUGUACAGAUAUCAUUCCAGCUGUACAACGUUCUCAGUUUCUGAGGAAACAAUUUGGAAUAUUCGACUUCAACGAUUUGAGAGAGACAUUCUCAACCAUCUAUCACAUUUUACCAUUUGGAAUGCUGGUAAACAGGGACGCAAAUUUUAUCGUUCUUUGAAACCAGACAAUAGAAAAAAGGUUUCCAUGUUUUGUGAUGUGGAUGCCAAAAAAAUAAAGAAAGCUGUUUAUAUAUAUGAAGAAUCCCAAGAAAGCCCAAAGCCAAGAGUCCCAAUUUGUCAUUUCAGCAAGGCAGAACCCCCAAUAGUCAUUUGUAUGAAAAUGUAUUUUACAGAACUAGACACGAGUACGGAUGUAUUGGUUAAGAACUUUGCUUCCCAAUGGCGUAGUUUCAGGUUCAGUCCCACUGUGUGGCACUUCAGGCAAGUAUCUUUUACCAUAAGCCCUGGGUCAACCAAAGCCUUGCGAGUGGAUUUGGUAGAGGGAAACUGAAAGAAGCCUAUCACACAUGUGCAUGUGUGUGGUUUGAUACCAUGUGAUAAUUGUAAAUGAGUGCCAUCAUCAUCAUACAAGUGGUGUCAUUAAUUUUCAAUCUUUGAAAAUAUAUCUGGCCCUAGAAAUAUAUUACUUUGCUUGGCAACAGGAAGGAUAUCUGACCAAAGAAAAUUUGUCUCAAUGAAUUUUGUCCAAUCUUUGUUAGCAUGGGGAAGUGGACAUUAAAAUUAUUUUUUUGCACAAAUGGAUGUUUAAAGAAAGUGAAUAGUCUCCAUAAAUUUUCAAAGAUUCCAUUAAAUUAUUUUAGAAAUUAUAAACUCUUUAGGUUAUCUAAGAGUGUCCACAAGUCAUAACACUAAUAACUCAACUAGAAUAAUGAACCUUAUCUUAAGGUGACAACAACAGCAGCACUAGUGAAACAAUUUCAUUUAAUGUUUAUGUUGGCUUGGGUUGGACAGUUUGACAAGAUCCAAUAGGCCAAAGGACUACUUCAUGCACCAGUAUGAUUUCCAUGGCUGGAUGCCCUCAAUGCUAACCACUUUACAUGUACUGGGUGUAUUUUUCAUGCCACCAGCACUAGUGAGACUGUCAUGCAGUUUGAAAAAAUAUGAACCCUAGGGAUGCAAUUUAAUGCUAUGAGGUGAGGGGGCAUAUGAUGAGUAAAAAAUGAGGGAAAAGGCCAAAGUGGAAUGUUUUUAAUAAAGUCAGUACCUUAUAGAUAUCUACUCUUUCAGGCAAAGCCAGUUAAGCUAUAGACUAUGUCUUAUUUAUCAUUUGACUUUGGAAUUGUCCAAUUUUGCAUCUAUUUUUAUAAAGAAACUCCUGUAAGCAGGGGUUAUAGAUGUUAGACAGAAUAGAGAAAAUUGAAUUUAGAAAUAAAUUAUUAAUUGGAGCUAAAAAGUUUGUUGCAUGGAGAAAAAAUUCUUGGUGCCUAUGAAGAGGUGUGUAGAUUAGAUUAGUGAAGGUAACUAGAAAAUUCUUUAGAGAAAUGAAAUUCAAUAAAGUCAGUCACUCCUGAUGGGAUUAUCUAAGCUGAGGCCUUAAAGGAGUACAUUUGACAUUUUUGGGAAACUGGAUUAACAUGCAUACAAUAACAUUGUUCAUUCUCAGGCAAAAGACAUUAAAGAUGCCAUGCAGUAGGAUUGAACCUGAAACCACAUGAUUGGGAAAGUAAGCUUCUUAACCACACAACCAUGCUAAUGAUAUUUACAUGUCUGUGCACUUGCUUUGGAAGUAUAUAUACUAAAAUUGGAAUGAUUCAGAGAUGUUUACAUAUCUGCAUCAGUAAUAUUAUUAGCAUUAUCUGAGACAUCUAAAACAGCUUCCCAAUUCCUCACAGAUAUCAGAAGUUUAAAACCUCUCCUAAUGCUAUAUUCUCUUUUA